GCAGCCCGUGCGGGGCCGUCCCGGAGACCCCGCGCCGACGGCUGCUCAAACAUCAGGCUGGCCCCACAAAGGACAUUAUCAAAGUCCCCAGCCUGGGGCCCUGCGUAGACCUGGAGUGGCCACCGCACCCUUCCCUUCAUGAUUCCUUCAUAGCACAGUGGAAAUGGAUGAUGAGGAUGGGAGAUGCUUACUAGACGUGAUUUGUGACCCUCAGGCCCUCAAUGACUUCUUGCAUGGAUCCGAGAAGCUGGACAGCGAUGACCUCCUGGAUGCCCCUGUGGAGGCCCAAAGUGCCUUCUAUGAAGGUCCUGGGCUCCACGUCCAGGAAGCUGCCGCCAACCACCUAAACCCUGAGCCCAGCCAGCCUGCCCCCAGCGUGGACCUGGACUUCCUAGAAGAUGAUAUAUUGGGCUCCCCUGCAGCAGGAGGAGGUGGAGGGGGCGGCGGGGGCCCAGAGCAGCCCUGUGACAUCCUUCAGCAGAGUCUCCAGGAGGCCAACAUCACAGAACAGACCCUGGAGGCCGAGGCUGAGCUGGACCUGGGCCCCUUCCAGCUGCCCACCCUUCAGCCCGCUGACAAUGGGGCAGGUGCUACCGGAGCUGCCGGAGCCACUGCAGUGACUGCAGGACCCCAGGCUCUCUUCCCAGGCAGCGCGGAUCUGCUGGGGCUGCAAGCCCCGCCCACUGUACUGACCCACCAGGCCCUGGUGCCACCCCAGGAUGUGGUCAACAAGGCCUUGAGCGUCCAACCCUUCCUGCAGCCCGUGGGCCUGGGCAAUGUGACCCUUCAGUCCAUUUCAGGUCUCCAGGGCCUACCCAACGGCAGUCCUGGGAACGCUACAGCAGCCACCUUGGGUCUGACACCUAUUCAAGUGGUGGGCCAGUCUGUCAUGGCUCUCAACCCACCCACCUCCCAGCUCUUGGCAAAGCAGGUACCUGUCAGUGGCUACCUGGCCUCUGCAGCUGGACCUUCAGAGCCAGUGACACUGGCAUCUGCCGGCGUGUCCCCCCAGGGAGCCGGCCUGGUCAUCCAGAAAAAUCUUCCAGCCGCAGUGACCACCACACUCAACGGGAACUCAGUGUUUGCCGGGACAGGGGCUGCCACCGCAGCAGCCAGUGGGGCACCCUCGGGACAGCCGCUGGCGGUGGCCCCGGGCCUUGGCACGUCACCACUGGUACAAGCACCCAGUGUGAUUUUACACAGAACCCCUACGCCCAUCCAGCCCAAGCCUACAGGGGUCCUGCCCUCCAAAGUCUACCAGCUGACACCCAAGCCCUUCCCCCCUCCCGGAGCCACCCUCACCAUCCAGGGUGAGCCAGGCACCUUGCCCCAGCAGCCUAAGGCCCCCCAGAACCUGACUUUUAUGGCCACAGGCAAAGCUGGCCAGAACGUGGUGCUGUCUGGCUUCCCGGCACCGGCUUUGCAGGCGAAUGUGUUCAAGCAGCCACCGGUCACCACCACGGGGACAGCCCCGCCACAGCCACCGGGGGCCCUCAGCAAACCCAUGAGCGUCCACCUCCUCAAUCAAGGCAGCAGCAUCGUGAUCCCAGCCCAGCACAUGCUGUCUGGCCAGAACCAGUUCUUGCUGCCGGGCUCCCCAGCCGUACAACUCCCCCAGUCGCUCUCUGCCCUGCCCGCCAACGUGGGAGGCCAGAUCCUCACAGCCGCAGCCCCACAUGCAGGUGGACAGCUCAUUGCCAACCCUAUCCUCAGCAACCAGAACCUGGCAGGCCCACUGAGUCUGGGCCCAGUGCUGGCACCCCACGCUGGGGCACACAGCGCUGCGCACAUCCUCUCUGCAGCUCCCAUUCAGGUGGGCCAACCUGCCCUCUUCCAGAUGCCUGUGUCACUGGCCACUGGCAGCCUGCCCACUCAGAGCCAGCCGGCUCCCACUGGCCCCACAGCUACCACCCUCCUCCAGGGCGUCACCCUGCCUCCCAGUGCUGUGACCAUGCUUAACGCACCUGACGGGCUAGUGCAAUCCUCCACUCCAGCUGCCACCACGGGGGAGGCCACACCUGUUCUGGCUGUUCAGCCUGCAACCCAGGUGCCCCCUGCUGUCACCACACCACUGCCUAUGGGUCUCCAACAGCCACAGGCACAGCAGCCUCCACAGGCCCCUACUCCACAGGCGGCCACCCAGCCUCAGGCCACCCCUCCUCAGGCCAGCCCAAGCCUGGCUUCCAGCCCAGAGAAGAUAGUCCUGGGGCAGGCGCCCCCUGCGGCCACAACGGCCAUCCUCACUCAGGAUUCCCUACAGAUGUUCCUGCCCCAGGAGAGGAGCCAGCAGCCCCUCUCUACAGAGGGUCCCCACCUCUCGGUGCCUGCCUCCGUCAUAGUCAGCGCCCCACCUCCUGCCCAAGACCCAGCCCUGGCCACGCCCGUCACCAAAGGAGCUGGCCUCGGCGCUCAGACCCCCGACAGCCGGGCUUCCCCAGCUCCAGCUCCCCAGGUCCCUGCAGCUGCUCCACUGAAAGCCCCGGGCCCCGCCUCCUCCCCAUCACUACCUCACCAGGCCCCCCUGGGAGACAGUCCCCACAUGCCCUCCCCACACCCUGCCAGGCCCCCUUCCCGCCCACCCUCAAGACCCCACUCACGCCCUCCAUCCCAGCCCCAGAGCCUGACCUGCCCACCCUCUGAGCCCACCCUGCACCCUUGCCCUCCACCCCAGGGUCCCCCAACUCUACCAGGCAUCUUUGUCAUCCAGAAUCAAUUGGGUGCCCCACCACCAGCUAGCACCCCAGCUCCCACAGCCCCAGGCCCACCCCAGCCUCCUCUGCGACCCCCAUCCCAGCCUCCGGAGGGCCCACUGCCCCCAGCCUCCCACCUCCCUCCUGCCUCCACCCCCUCUGCUGUGGCCUCUUCCUCUGAGCCUUCUACCAGGUUGCCAGUCCCCACACCCCCUGACUUCCAACUCCAGUUCCCACCGGGCCAGGGACCCCAUAAGUCCCCUACUCCGCCACCAGCCCUCCACAUGGUCCCUGAGCCCACGGCGCCCCCUCCUCCACCACCUCGGACCUUCCAGAUGGUAACCGCCCCCUUUCCCACGCUGCCCCAGCCAAAAGCACUUCUGGAACGAUUCCACCAGGUGCCAUCUGGGAUUAUUCUCCAGAAUAAGGCUGGGGGUACUCCCCCCACCCCACAGACAUCCACCACCCUGGGGACCCUCACCAGUCCUACUGCCUCUGUGCUAGUCAGUGGACAGGCACCACCUGGGACUCCUGCCGCCUCUAGCCAUGCCCCAGCCUCCACACCUAUGGCCACCACAGGCCUCCCUCCUCUACUUCCUGCCGAAAACAAAGCUUUUGCCAGCAACCUUCCAACCCUGAGUGUGGCCAAAGCUUCUGUGGCUGGGCCAGGGAAGCCCCCAGCGAUGCAGUAUGACAGCAAGUUGUGUAGCUUGAAGAAACAGCCUCUACUGCAACCCAGCAAAGAAGCCUGCUUCCUGGAGCAUCUGCACAAACAUCAGGGCUCUGUCCUGCACCCCGAUUACAAGACAGCCUUCCCUUCCUUUGAGGAUGCCCUCCAUCGCCUCCUGCCCUACCAUGUCUACCAAGGCGCCCUCCCCUCCCCCAACGACUACCAUAAAGUGGAUGAAGAAUUUGAGACUGUCUCUACGCAGCUGCUCAAACGCACCCAGGCCAUGCUCAAUAAAUAUCGGCUUUUGCUUCUGGAAGAGUCCAGGAGAGUCAGCCCUUCUGCGGAGAUGGUUAUGAUUGACCGGAUGUUCAUUCAGGAGGAGAAGACCGCCCUUGCCGUGGAUAAGCAGCUCGCCAAGGAGAAGCCCGAUGAGUACGUGUCUUCCUCCCGCUCCCUUGGCUUCCCUGUCCCAGUGUCUUCCGAGGGUCACCGGCUCCCCAGCCAUGGCCAAUCGUCUUCAUCCUCCACAUCUGGAACAUCUGCCCAGCCCCCUCCUCAUCUGCCCACCAAGCUAGUGAUCCGGCAUGGUGGGGCUGGCGGCUCUCCCUCAGUGACCUGGGCCCGGGCAUCCUCCUCCUUGUCAUCAACGUCCUCAUCUUCGUCCUCAUCCUCUGCCGCCUCAUCCCUGGACACAGAUGAGGACGGCCCCAUGCCCUCCCGUAACCGGCCACCCAUCAAGACCUAUGAGGCCCGGAGCCGCAUUGGCCUCAAACUCAAGAUCAAGCAGGAGGCGGGGCUCAGCAAGGUGGUGCACAACACUGCACUGGAUCCUGUGCACCAGCCCUUGCCUGCUCCAACCCCUGCAAAGGGGGCGGAGCCUCCGCCACACCCAGCUCCGCCCCCACUCCCGCCUGCCACCCAGGCGCAGAUGAAUGGCACUCUGGACCAUCCCCCACCCGCAGUACGCAAACCCACCGUGCCUGCGUCCUGCCCACGUCUACCACUGCGCAAGACCUACCGAGAAAACAUGGGCGACCCUGGUGCCACCGAGGGUGCACAGGGACGGCCACGGGGUGCGGGAAGCCCCACCCCACUGCCCGCCAAGGUAGACGAAGCCACCAGCGGGCUGAUCCGGGAGCUGGCAGCGGUGGAGGACGAACUAUAUCAGCGGGUUCUGAAGGGUGGCCCGCCACCCCCGGAGACUCCAGCCUCCGCUACCAGCCAGGGCUCCACUGAACCCAGCUGGGAAGCACCCGUGCUACCCCCAGCCAAACGACGCAAGUCCGAGUCCCCGGACGUGGACCAGGCCAGCUUCUCUAGUGACAGCCCACAGGAUGAUACACUUACUGAGCAUUUGCAGAGUGCCAUCGACAGCAUCCUUAACCUGCAGCAAGCCCCUGGCCGGACACCCGCAGGCCCGUACCCCCAUACGGGGCCCACGCCUGGCACCCCCACAUCCCCAGCGCCCCUGCACAGGCCUGACGCCUUCCCACCCUCUAGUCACAAUGGUGGCCUCGGUGCCAGGACGUUGAACAGAUAACAUCGGGCUGCUUCUGCAGCCCUCAUUGAGUGGCCCCGACCCUACUUCCAGGAAAGCAGCCUGCCCGCCGAUCUCCACCUCUAAGGGGCACUAACCCAGUUCCCCUGACAAUUCUUGCCUAAGUUAUUUUGAGUCACAAAGGCCUCCCCACCUUCCUGCUUCCACGUUGGCUAGAGAUUUGGGAUGGGGCGUGGGUUUUCUAGGCGAAGGUGGGCUAUAAGGUACAACGUCCCCCUGGCACAGGCCAGGACAGGGGAUACGUGAGUGUUGCCUAGGACUGGGCUUCUAGGUUAUCGCACUGGUAACAUCUGAAUACAAGGUCUUGUCUGAUUGGCUUCAUGGAUCACUGUCGGGGCACUCAGCUGAGAGAGACCUUCUGAAAGGCUCAACUCUCAUCCUGUUGCCCACAGAGCCUGGAAGAUUGGGAAGCAAGGACUCAAGCCAGUGUCCCAAAGUACCUGCAUCCCAUCCAUACGUGCACUCACCUGGAUCAUCCUGUAUGUGUGCGUACGAGAGAGAGAGAGAGCCCCACCACCCCAUCCCUCCAGAGGAACAAGACACGGGGUCUUCCUUCUCCCAAGCAGUCUUCCCUGUAUUCUUGCCUCCAGCCCACCACGCCACGUUUUGAAAUCUCGGAGACAAAACUAGUACUGUAAGAUAAAGAUUUUUUUUUGUACUGUAUUUAUUGUGUAUAACGAUUUUUUAAAGGGAGAAUUCUGUACAUCUAGAACUCUUGUAAAUUAAA